AUGAAGCAAUCAUUGGUAACAGUUGCACUCCUUCUUGUAUUUCUCAUCGUGUCAGUAGUGUAUGCCAAUGACAGACCAAGAAUUUUCAAUCAGGUGUCUGGUGAGAGAGAAAUCAGAAGAGGUAUUCGAGAUGUCAUGAUUGCAAAGAGGGUGGAACGAAGAAUUGAAGAGACAAAAAAAGGUGUAAAACCUACUGGUACUACUAGCAACAACAACAAGGCUUCUUCUUCUUCUAUCAACCAAUCAUUAAGAGAUUCUUUUAUUCAAAAGGUGGUCCAACAACAAUUGCAGGAAUCAGCACCAACAGCACCAGCCUCACCCUCAGCCAUCGCUCCAAGAAGACCCUCUAAAAAGAACAACACCCUUAGCAACACUCUCACCUACAAUGACAUGAGCUUGUUACGAGAAAAGAGAAGAAAAUUGAGAGCGAAACGAAGAUUGGAAAGAGAGAAUCGAAGAAUGAAACAAGCGCAAGAGAAUCCUUUCCAAGGCGUCCAAUCACCCUCUCCCAAACAAUUAAGAAGAGAAAAGAUUCGUCUCGCAAGAGAGAAGAAACGUAUCGCACGUGAAGAGGAGAGAGGUUUGAGAGUUGGUGUUGAGCCAGUGAGUGAUGAAGAGUUGGAAAGAGUUGCAAAGCGUGCAAGAAGAAAGAAGCAACAAUCGAGAAAGAAACUCGAUUCAAGAGUUAGGAUGGGUGGUGUUCAUACAAGAACCACCCAAUCGGGUAACAUUGAAAUUGUCAUUCAUUUACCAAAAGGAAAGAAACCAAGAACUUUGAGAAAUCUUUAA